AUGACGCAGUCAGAACUUGACUUGAGGAGUGCCAAACACGCAGCGUAUCGCAGUGGGGUCCGGGCUUUACAGCCCGGUCACAAUCUCCGUACUUCAGUAGGCAUAGCUCGCGAUUAUCAGAGGCGUCCCUCGAGCGCUCAUCAUCUAGGAAACAUGGAUGACUCUUGCAGCGGAUGCGGAGCUGCGCACUUCAGAGACGAGAAAGCAACUCCUGGACGGACGCAAUACAUGAUGUGCUGCGCGAAGAAUACGGUUGAACUCCCGCUGUUCGAACCCUUCCCCGAGACAUUGCGUUCUCUGUAUUUGAACCAGGAUGAUGAUUCGAAAAGCUUCCGAAAAUUCAUCAGAAAUUAUAAUAAUGCUCUACCUAUGGCUUCUAUGACCGCAGACAUAGUGACCCCGCAAGGAUUCGGCCCUUAUUGCUUUCGGGUGCAUGGCCAGGUAUAUCAUACUAUCGGAGGUCUGCAACCACGAGACGGCGAUCCUCCUCAAUGCGCUCAGGUCUUAAUUAUGGACACGAACGAGGCGGCUCAAGAACUGUGCGGACGCGAUGCCAACCGCGUCGUUGAGAGUACUUUCAGAACUCUCCAUAAUAUGUUAAACGACUCCAACCCAUACGUACGAGCGUUCCGACUCAUGGCUCAGGUCGCCGAUGAAGAAUCGCGGAACGCUCAAGAACAGGGUCGAACCUCUAGGCCGGUGCGGAUGGUGUUUGAGCAGAACAACGCUGACGAUCAUCGUCGCUAUAAUUUCGCGACCGCCAAUGAAGUUGCCAUUGUUUACGUUGGGGAUGAGGAAUCGAUUCUGGGAGACCGUUUUUUGGUAAUUCAUGAGCAAACCGGUAACCUUAAAUUCAUCAGCCAGCUUGAUAAGCUGUGCGAUCCGCUUACAUAUACGUUGCUCUUCCCCUCCGGCGGACACGGUUGGCAUCCAGAAAUGGAACGCACAGAGUACGCGUCGCCGAGAAGAGCCCGAGUUACCCAAAAACAGUAUUACUCAUUCGUUCUCUCCACUCGGGACCGCCAAUUCAAUCCGUUGCACUAUGCUGGAAAACUCUUGCAGCAGUUCAUAGUCGAUAGUUGGUUGAAGAUUGAGAUGAAUCGCUUGAACUUCAUCAGGCAAAAUCAACAUCAACUCCGACUCGACACUGUCCAGGGUCUUCAAUUGAUUUAA